UUGUUGGAAGAGAAACAUACUAAUAUAAAUCUAUCAUUCCUAUCCUAUCGUUUUGUCCCAUAUUAUGUAAAAUAAUGGACACGGCGUGGGCGUUGAUUGAAUAUGGAAUAUGAUAUUAAAAAGCCUAGAUUCCCGUGAUCCGUUAUAAUUUUAUCAUCCAUUCCAUUCGAGUCGAAUAAAAAUUCUUUGUAUCGCGUAUUCGAAUGUGUUAUAUAUCAUUCGAAGACUGGGUAUCUUAAAUCUAAAUACAUUCGAACGAAACUUUAUUAACAUUCGUCGAUUUUUACACACCAAGAGAGUUUGUAAUUCGUAAUUUUAAUACGUGCAAUGUUUUUGAUUGCAACGUAUCGCAUGUAACAGUUAAAUAUAAUAAAUAAAGUGAUAGGUAAAUAUACCACGGAUAAUCACGCAUUAUCUCUUUAAUAAAUUUAUUAAAACAAGCCGACUGUACCAUGUCGCAGUUGGAUUUAGAUCCUCAAUUUAUGCAAGGUUUGCACCUUUUACAUUCCACUAAUAAAGACUCUGCGGAACAGCUACGUGUGCUCCUAGACGAAGCCAUCAAGCAAAAAUAUGGACCGUCUAAAAUGUUAUCGAACGUAUUACAUAAAAAGUAUAUGAUGGAGGAACCGGUGCUGAGCGAUCACAGCAGCAGCAGCAGUGGUAAAAAGAGCAAAAGCUCCGGAUCUUCUUCCAAACAUUCGAGCAAGUCGAGUAAAAACAGUUCCCCUGUGAAUCUACCGACGCGCGACACGCCGCCUGAUGUUAUACAGACUGAUAACACGUUAGCAUUAGAAAUAUUGGAGGAUGACCUGACGUGCGUUAUUUGCAAAGGAAUGGACGUUGGCGCGAGGAACAGACUGGUAGAAUGUUCGGAGUGCCAUUCUUUGUACCAUCAGGAAUGUCACGUUCCGCAUAUUUUAGAUUCUCAAAUAGAUGUUCCAGGAUUGGUCUGGUAUUGCUCGAAUUGUUCAAAGUCUCAGGUCUCUAAAGAGAGGAGUUCACCAAAAACAGUGAUAGAAAGCAAAUCCAAGGAACCAAAGAAAUCUAACGCGAGUGGCGGAAACAAAGUUACACCAAAUAUUCAUAUUAUAAGCGCAGACAGAAGGUUAAAGGAUAUGAUGAAGAAAGCAAAACAGGACAAACGAAGUACAAGUACUGCUCCGAGUUCAAAAAAUUCUUCGUCCAGUACAACAACGUUGUCUUCGACAAAAUCUCAGGAGAAAUCGCUACUGUACAAGAUCAAGUCAGGCGUGGAAUAAAAUUCUCGGCUAUACGAAUAUUUUGACAAUAUUUUACGGUAUAGAGGGAACUUGAACAAAUUAUAUAAUACCAAUUUUACGAGAGGAUUACGCGUGGAGCGAUUAAUUAAUUAAAGAAACAGCCGUAAUUACGAUUAACGAGUCGAUGAAAUUUAGAUGGAUAAUAUCAGUUUUAUAUCGAGCUACGCGCAGAAUCUAUGUUCCAGAUUGUACCAGAUUGUACGCGAAACUUACAAAUUUUACCUUUUACAUUGUUUUAAUCGAAUUUAUUACGAAAUAUGCACGGAAUGAUCGCCUGAAUGUAAUUUGUUAUCGUAACUUUUAGCUGAAAAAAUAUAAUUUUUUGUACGAAAAGGAGUCGUUCCUUUAACUUCGGCCAGAAGUAGAAUCGCGCGAAAGAAAGUUUUCGGGUAUUACAAGAAGAGGUGCCACGACCGUGAGGAUUCAUUUAUAAUACCAAUAUAUUUUUGCAAUUUUCCAAAUGCUUAUUUGUUUGUCCCUACGUCCCAUUGAAAAUUUGGCAAGAGUCAUUUCGUUCUCGAGUGUUACUUAAAACCUACUUAUAUGCGAGAUGGGGGGUUGAACACUAUUUACAGAGGACCUUUUUCAGGGGUUGCAUUUCGCGCACGUACACACAUCUAGAGACUCGCAUUCAUACGGCACACGUAAAGCGGUAUCGCACACAAUUUGCAUUCGUUGGCCGAAGAUAUACGGUGACCUAAUUAACACGAGUAUAAUGUAACGAGUAUAAAUGUAAGAAAUAGGAGAGUUUUAUGCGCGAAGAGGGCUUUCAGUAUCUAAUCAAUCUAAUGAAUGUAAAUUGAACGCGAGGGAAAUUUACAAUAAAUUGUAAUGAAAUAUAGUUCCCAAAAAUGUACAAAUUUUUGUUAAAAAUAUCGUAAAAUAUUGUAAGCUAUUGUAAGUUCACCGUAGCUCUUCGGCAGACUGUACGUACACAUUGUAGGCUACAUAACGAGGAAAAGACGCGCUCGAGAUUCGUGGCAACGAAAACGUCCACGUUUAGCAUAAAUUCUCAUGCACGCGGUGUUCCCGCGACGACGGAUACGCUUCGAGUCUAUUCUUUCAGGGAACGGAAUCAUCCCCCCCAUCGUUUUCCGAAGCUUAACAAAGAAUAAUUUUAAUUCGACACGACGUUCGGAUUUCGUCUAUACUACGAAGCAUGACAUACUAAUUCGACUCGUAAACCGCUGAAACAUUCCUCGAUUUAAUUACGAUACGGUACAUACGUUUAAUGCGGAAUUGACAAGCUUUUCAGAUGGAUGGAGUAAACUGUCGUGCGUGAUACGAAAUAACGAGAAAUUACGCCGAGUUAAUCGAUUCGUCUCUACGGAAUUUAACCGGUUGCGGUCGUACGUCGGGCAGGCCCCGACGAAACAGGGCGAAUUUGUUGACUUUAUGAAUUCUCGAGUCUCAGAUAUACGGAACGAUUCGUCGAAGAUCGAAGCAAUAUGUUGUUAUUUACGUGAUGUAUCAGAACGUGACCUUGAAGUGACCUUGAAGUGACCUCAGCCCGAAGGACGUCGAGUACAAUAUAAAAUUUGAGAUCACCUCGACGUUUCAAGGUUUCCUUGACAAUUUCGAAGAUACAAGAUUCACAAGAAAUUUAGUUUAACUCAAAUAUCGCUCUACAGAUUCGAAUUUCUGAAAUCAUCAAAUUCUCCGAUCGACGAAUCGUUCCAUGUUAUAAUCUCUGGUUUACAAUAAGAAAUUGCAAGCACUUUUUCCUUAAAUGUCGUCAUAUUUUCGUCUCUCCUACGAUACGCAGGCAUUUCACACGAAGUCUGUACAGAGUUGUACAUUUAAGGAAAAACGUCGGCAGAGUUUCGUCGAGAAUCGUAUUCGUCACGCGUUGUGACGAACCUUUCGUACUUUCUAUUCCCGGUACAAGAUUCCGCGCGAAUCUUCCGAAACGAACGAUCGUCAAAGAUGUACCACACAAUUGUCGGGCGUCCUUUCGAGUUCCGAUAACAGCGACGAGAUGUAUAAUGCGAAUAUGUGCGCACGUAUGCGAGCGUACGUCAAUCUGCGCUAUGCGCGAUUAUUGUUAAAUCAAAGACAUUCGUUGCGCCCUCGAGAGAACCGUUCCUUACAUUGUGGACGUUACAUGGUUUUCACGUUUGUGUCUCGUGCCUCGACAACGUAUCGCUGUCGCUAAUUAUCGCUUUAGCUAGGAAUGAAAAUUGUUUUCCUUUAAGUUUAUAAAAAAAUACAAGUCAGAGAAUUUUACAAUUCCAGGAGCUUCGUUUUCACGUAUCUAUUAUAUUUAGUAUUCGCUUCGGUCGAACGUGUAUUUAGAGAGAUACCUACGAAAGGUUAAAUAUUCUUCGAACGAGUUUCGCUGAUACAAAAAUAUCGAGCAACAAUAUAAAAAAAAAAAAAAAAAAAAAAAAAAAAAAAAAAAAAAAAAAAAAAAAGAGAAGAAAACAGAGCGUUUCGGAUCGCAUACGUAUCUCUACCUAUAAAAAAGUAUCAUCCACAAUCUAAGGGAUAGUAUGUAUCUGAAUAUACACGCGCGUACACUUUCAGCGAUUAAUUUAAUACAAGUUUCAAGUAUAAUUAGAAAAUGCGUACUCGUAACUCAAUAUUAAGCUCCUUACGAAUAACACAGGGCGGCGAUUGUUUAAACAUUUCGUACCGUGAAUUGUUCGUUAAAUUUCACACGUUUCCUUAACCUACGGUUUCGUGAGCGACACGGCGUGACAGUAACUUAAUGAUGGAAUUUAAAAAAAAAGAAAAAAAAAAAAAAAGAUGUCUUUAAUUUACAACUAAAUUGUGUAUACACGAUACAUAAUUUGCACGAUACUUUCGUUUAACAUAAAUAUUUGCGCCGCAAGAUCCGCGAUAUCGUAACUACGAUAUCGUACCGAUAAAAAUCUGUUUACAAAUAUUACCGUUGCAAUUUCGCUCAAGCUACGUCCAAUGUAGGAAGACGAAUAAACCGCGAGAACAUUCUAUUUUACAAAUUUAUUAAAAGAGAAAGAAAACUGUAUCGUUUGCGCGAACAAUUUGUUCAAAUAUUUGGAAAGACAUGUAUUUUGCUCGAUUUUCUAAAAUUUCUAUAUAGUCGGUAUGUAUUGUAGUCUACACAUAAAGUCGAAGAAGAAUAUACUCGAUGCAUUUGUAAAUAUAAUCACUGUUUUCAUCGUUACUUUUAUACAUUCAUUUCUUACACAAGAGCGCGCACCUCGUUUGCCCUUUCUUUCGAACGUGGUCGCGUUAGACGUAAUGUUCUUAUCCGAAGAGUCGUUAACAAUUUCGAGCAGGCAGCAUAUUCAUUUUUAUUUUAUUCGAGAUGGUGUCAAGUGUAGCGUUACUUCUUUUUCUGCAAUGAAAACAAGAAAAAGAAAAAGAAGUCUGCCUUGUAUUAUACAUUAAGUAAUCCGACUCGCUCGAAGAUACGUUUACGCUUUUCGAAUAAUAUAAAACAAAGUACGUUCAACAAAUAAGAAUACUCGGCAAAAUAAUCCCCCGUUACUUACAAUACGCGUACUUUUUUUAAAUUCAAUAUACAAGAGAGUCGCUUUUAAUUCCUUACGAGUACCUUGAAUACAUAUAAAAAAAAACAAACUGCGUGUUCUAGGCGUAUCGUAAAAAUGAUAACAGAAUGAAUAUAUAAAUAAUCAAAGAUUCAUCGGGUGCCUAGGCUCGUUCGUUCUGUUAUCAUUCGUUAUCUAAUUAUUCGCAACUAACAUUUUUUUUCUUUUUUUCCAUGAAAUGCACACUGGAAACAUAUAGCGUAUACAAAAAUUAAAUUAUUACAUGGCUUCGAGGUUCGUAAUGCUUAUAAGUUUCUCCGGAGUGUCUUGUAACAUACGUGUUCCGUACGACUGAGAAACUUAAAUGCAAAAUAAAAGCAGCGGAAUCUAACGUCUCGAGAAAAUUGCAGCUGCUGCACGUACAAAAAAAAAAAAAGAUAAAGAAAUAAAG